AGCUAGACAUCUGUAAACCAACGAGACAGUUGAGUAAAAUGCCGUUUCUCUGUUUAUUUAUGUUUACUGUCUUUCAUUUUUGACAGUCUGCAUGAACACUGAAUCUAAUGUAACAUGUUUAACUUUCGGUGGUCAUGUGGAAAUAGACAAAUACAGGUAUCUUUACUUUGCAAUCAUGUUUACAAUGUAUGUUCUGAUCAUCUGCAGCAAUUCCACUAUCGUGUGUCUUAUCGUGAUUCGCAAAAGCCUCCACAAGCCGAUGUACGUUUUCAUCGCCGCUCUGUUACUGAACUCUGUUUUUUUCAGCACCGUGAUUUACCCCAAGCUUUUGAUCGACUUUCUGUCUGAAAAACAGAUGAUCUCGUACCGAGCUUGUCUCUUUCAGGUGUUUUUAUUUUAUGUUUCAGCCUGCACUGAAUUCUUACUGUUGUCAGCCAUGGCCUUUGACAGAUACGUGUCUAUAUGUAAACCUCUGCAGUAUCCAACUAUCAUGGGAAGAAGGACCGUUACUACUCUCCUGGUUUUGGCCUGGCUGGUUCCUGCUUGUCACAUCGCGGUGCCAGUUGUGAGAAAUGCAAAUCUCAAACUCUGUAGCUUCACUCUGAAAGGUAUUUUCUGUAACAAUGCAGUUCAAAGUCUUCCCUGUGCAAAUUCAAGAGCGUUACUCAUGUACGGUGCAGCUGUCAUGUUCAAUGUUACACUUCUUCCUAUGCUUUUAAUACUUUUCACGUAUGCAAAGAUACUCGUGAUAGCUUAUCGGAGUUGUGGGGAAGUCAAGAAAAAAGCUGCACAGACAUGUUUACCUCACUUGUUUGUUUUGAUCAACUACAGUUGUUUGCUCAUUUAUGACCUGAUUAUCGUGAGAAUGGAGUCCGACGUUUCACAAACCGCACGUUUUGUAAUGACGCUGCAGAUAGUGAUUUAUAAUCCUCUCCUCAAUCCCAUCAUAUAUGGACUGAAAAUGAAGGAAAUUUCCAAACAUCUCACAUUGCUGUUCUUUCAAGUCAAAGUGAACUAAUUUAUCUGUAAUUAUCUGUAAUACUGUUAUGAUAGCAAAGAGAUGUGUUAUUUGCAAUUAUUGAUAAAUGUGCUGCAUUUCAUUUAGUUAAGUAAUUACACUUAUUUUAACCAUCACAUGAAAAAGACCUCCACAUUAGUGCCAUUGUGCAGAUCGUUAUUUAAAAGCUUAAAUGAAUAAUCACAUCUGUCCCACUGUGAAUUUUGCAUAUUCUUUUUUUUGUUCCUCCUAUAUCAAAGCAACUCAGAUAAAUUUAACUAAUUUGGUCAGAAAAUUGGAAAAGGAGAGACAAAAGUGGUGAAACUUUGAGGGUUGUGUUGUUUUGACACUUUUUCUCUGUGUGCAAAAUGUCUCAUGUAACGUGAUAAAAUAUAGACCACCGUUCAAAGGUUUGGGGUCAAGAAAAGCAGUUUAUCUCAAUGAAGAUAGAAUUAAAUGAAUGAUAAAUCCAGUCUAGACAUUGUUAAUGUGGUAAAUGACUAUUCUAGCUGGAAACAGCUGAUUUUUAAUGGAAUAUCUCCAUAGAGGUACAGAGGAACAUUUCCAGCAACCAUCACUCCUGUGUUCUAAUGCUACAUUGUGUUAACUAAUGAUGUUGAAAGGCUCAUUGAUGAUUAGAAAACUCUUGUACAGUUAUGUUAGUACAUGGAUACAAGUGGGAGUUUUCAUGGAAAACAUAAAAUUGUCUUGAUGAUCCCAAACUUUUGAACAGUGGUGUAUAUAUGUCUUUAUGUGAUGAAUUCACACAUCUUUCAGCAUGAUUGUGCAGCAGCAGAAAGGCCUUAAAAUGAGACUGUCAUUUAAAAGUGAAUUGUUUUGAAUGUGGAUGCUAAUAUGCUUUAUGUCAAUUAUAAUAAUAAUAAUAGUAAUAAUAAUAAUAAUAAUAAUAAUAAUAAUAAUAACAAUAAUAAUAAGUUUCUCAUAUAUUUAACUAUAAAUGUUGUUGAAACAAGUUUUGUAAAAUAGAAAUAUACUCUGUUUCAGUCUGGUUCCACCUAUGAGAGCAAAUAUGUGUCUAUGAGUAAAAUAUGUCUUUUCUGUUUGACUUUGUUUAUAGAUGUUGUCAAGCACAUUUUGUCUCUGUGAAAGUACAUUUUAAAUAAUUCCUAUAUUGGCUAUAUAUUGUCAGAAGCAGCAUUUUAUUAUUGGGAUUGAAAAAACAGCGCAAGAGGCAUUUCUGACCUGAAAAAGCAUGU